AUGACCGUGAACAGUCGAAAAUGUUCUAAGAAACAAGACGAAAGCGAUGAAACCCAUCAGUUUCCGAUUCUUCCUCUGGAUCUGAUAUUAGAGAUUCUCCUGAAAGUUCCGGGCCGAUCCCUAGCCAGGUUCAUCAUCGUUUCAAAACAAUGGUUGUCGAUAAUCCGCGGCAAAGAUUUUACCAAGUUGUACCUGACUCAAUCUUCGACUCGGCCGCGUCUUCUUUUCACAUCAGUCUACCGUAACUUGGGGCAGUCGAAGCUGUUCUUACAAUCCUGCUCUCAGCAAGAUCCAUCUUCUGCUCAUCAUAGGUUAAACGUAAGUAUGCAUACCAAUCAUUUGUUUGGUUUUACUCCACCCGUCCGCGGCUUGAUCUGUGGUCAAACUGAUACCAUAGUGAUGAUUGGAAAUCCUAGCACGGGCCAAUUCUUAACUUUACCAAGAGUCAAAACUAAGAGAAGAGGUCUACUCUCCCUUUUUGGAUAUGAUCCAGUAAAUGAUGUAUACAAAGUGUUGUGCAUGACGGUACUACGUGGUCAUCCAAACCGUGGAUCACGUUAUGUGUCCGAGGAGCAUCAAGUUUUUACUUUAGGAGCUAAACAAAAAUGGAGAAGAAUCGAAUGCAAGUAUCGUCAUCUUCCUCCUCCUUAUACUAAAGGGCUAUGCAUAAAUGGGAUUUUGUAUUACUAUGCUUGGAUCCAAAAUGAAGGAUCUUUAAUAAGCUUUGAUCUGAAUUCUGAAGACUUUAAUGUCAUCAAGUUACCUCAGGAUAUCCCGUUCUUAGUGAACUACAAUGGAAAGAUAGCUUUAACGAGACAGUACUCUAAAUUAGGUCCACUUUACCUGUGGAUUCUGGAAGAUGCCCGCAAACAAGAAUGGUCAAAAGUUUCUAUCGUGGUCCCUUCUUGGACAGAGUUAGCUGGGAAUAUUUUUUUCAAUUUCAGGGGUACACAUAGUACUGGCGAGCUUAUAUUUGCACCAGUCAGGGAGAUUAAGCCGGUCUAUUUGAUCAGUUACGAUCUCAAGGAAGACAAUGCCAAACAAGUUGAGGUUGGAGGAGGACUUGUUGCAGGUCAAAAUCCUUCUCUCAUAGUCUAUUUGAAUCAUGUAGAGAGUCCUAUGUUUCUCUCAAAGUAA